CUUUCUCUGCAGCUCUUUUUUCUUAGAUGUUCUAUCAGGUUGAUGGACUAGCACUCAUCAUCCAGGUUCUCCAACAUGCCUCCCUCCUGCUCUCAAAUGAUUGCAUUGUAUCAGCAUUAUCCAUAGGGCCAGUGCCACCUCCACAGCACCGGCACCACCCCUGCACACGCCCUCGUCUGACACCACAUCCCUAUGCAGUUCUCACCCAGCACCGCUUCCUUUUGUUUAUUCAUCCCAUCAUCAAACGCGAGCUCACCACUGACGCGCGGGGAGUUGGCUGGAAGAUGAUGACGAGGAGCGUACGGUGCACACUGAGGAAUGUAACGCCGCCUGUUCUCAAGCCUAUCUCUGCGUCUGCGUCUGCGUCUGCAUGCACUUUUCACCGGGACAUCUUGGUUAGACGUGGGUCUGCAUGUGGUUCAUUUACCUUACUUUGCAAUUCAUAGCUAUCUAACAAAAUGAUAUCAUGUACAU